CCCGUGAAGCCCCGCCUCUUCCCGUUUCCGGCUUCCGUUUCCCCUUCCUUUUCGUCGUGCGAGAGGCGGCGGCGGCUCCUUUUCUCUCCGGCCUCCAUCUUGGCUUGGAACGCAAGUGGAACGAUGCAGCUCUUUCUUCGUGCUCAGAACCUGCACACCCUCGAGGUGUCAGGGGAAGAAACAGUUGCUCACCUGAAGGCUCACAUUGAAUCUUUGGAGGGCCUGGCGCCCGAGGAUCAGGUGAUUCUCUUGGGCGGGACUCCGCUGGAAGACGAUGCGGUCAUUGGACAGUGUGGGAUCAGUGACCUCACUACGCUGGAGGUGGCUGCACGCAUGCUGGGUGGUAAGGUCCAUGGCUCCCUGGCUCGUGCUGGCAAAGUGAGGGGCCAGACCCCAAAGGUGGCGAAGCAGGAGAAGAAGAAGAAGAAGACCGGGCGGGCCAAGAGGCGCAUGCAGUACAACCGCCGCUUUGUCAACAUCGUGCCAGGUUUCGGCAAGAAAAAGGGUCCCAAUGCAAACUCCUAAAUCAAACCCUCCAAAUUAAAUGUCAUAAUUUGCUUGGACCAUU